CUUGUUCCCUUGAAACCGGACUGUAAAGGUCCAUUCUGGGAAACAACUCUUGGAUAUCCUCAUGUCGCUUCAUGGUCACGAUUCUGCGUCAGAGUCCUAAAUGAUGUUCCCAUCAUGAGUGCCACUAAGGGCCCAGAAGGAGCUUCAGCUUCGGCAAUCCCGGAUCGACUCUUACAACCAAGUCAUGAGGCGCCUUCGUCCACUUCUGGAGUCAAAAAGGGGAGCACAAGCGGCCAAUCGGCUAGUGGGACUUCGGGAAAGCCUAUAUUACCAGACCACCUUGUUGCUAAAAUGGCUGGAAUGGUGCUGGAAGCACCGAGUGGUACGACACAAGUACUUCUAAUCGAUAAAGUCCAUCAAGUCUUGAAGGGCGAAGGGGCGAAGAAGAACGCUGUUGAGGCAACUUUGAAACAGGUUUUCGAGAAACUGAAAGGCGAAAAACGGUGGGCUAUUAAAGAGGAAUAUCGUAACAUAAUCAAUAAUAGCUAG